CUAUUGUGUAGGCGGAAUAGACUCUUUGAUGUCAGUGGAGUCCCUCGUAAAAUAGUAAUGAUCAAUUUUCAGAAUAAUAGCAUUGUCAAUUUGCAUGGUUUCCAUGGUCUUGUAUCGCUUCAGUGGCUUUGUUUAGCUGGAAACAGCAUUAAGGAUGCUAAUGUCUUAAAUUCCUGUACUUCUCUCACUCAUAUUGAUCUUUCUGAUAACUUCAUCAAAAAACUACCCGUGUUAACUAACCUUACCUCACUAAAGACUUUGCUUCUCCAUGGCAAUGGGUUAAAAUCACUUGCUAAAACACGUGUAUCUCUUCCUUCUUUAUCCUUACAUACAUUGACACUGGCUGAGAAUGGGAUAGUUGAUCUUAAUGAAUUUGUUGCUCUUCAGUGUCUCAAGUCAUUGGAGCAGUUGUCUGUGAUGGGUAAUGCAUCAACUAUUGAUGCAUCAGUUAAAAAUUUUGAUUUUGCUUGUCGCUGUUUCAUUCUCUACUGGUCUCCUCAACUGGAUGUACUUGAUGGAUCUCCUAUCACUGAGAAAGAAAGGUGUGGAGAAUAUGAUGAGA